AUGGAGCCGUUUCGUCGAGCACUUUCUGGUGACACGGAUACGUCACUGCACGACCAAGAGCCGCAGCGCAAGAAAAUGCGCAAAGGAACAAAGAGCUGCUAUGAAUGCCGGCGUCGAAAGAUUCGCUGCACUUAUGCUGCUUCUCGGCCAGGAAUAUGCAACGAGUGCCAUGCGCGAGGCUCCUCUUGUAUUGAUCAGGAACAUGCGCCUCUGAGACCGGAAGCUGCAAAACUUCGAAUAGGAGACCAGAGCUACAGUUUGAGGGAACGGGUAGCAGCGUUAGAACACACCGUGAGCAAUCUGGUGAAACAAAUGGAUGAAAAUGACAAGAGUGGAUCGAAAGAGCAUGCAAGCUGGUCGUACAUAGAGUCUCCCACAGACAGUAUCGAUCGAGAUACCAAAAGCCUUUCCAAUUGUCAGGCUGAGACAGUUCCAGAAACCAUUCCAGUUCGCUCCAAGUCGAUGGAUCAAGGAGGCACCGGGCCUGGCGCUGCUCCCCUUUUGACCUUGUUCGAUAACCAUAUUCUUUCUCGAGAUGAGAAGCAUGUGGAUUUGGAGGUUUCGAGAGUUGCCGAUCCGAUAGCUCUAAAAGAAAGACGUGCAGUUCUUGCAUUGAGGGAACUCCUUCCAUCUCCCACACAGCUAAAAAAGCUCCUAAAUUCACCGACAAUAAUAUGGACCAUAUGGCGCACAAGAUUCCCGGAAAUAUUAAAACCUGGAGCUCUCGAAAACCCUGCUGAUAUCGGAAAAAUUUUAUACUGCAUCCUCAUGACCCUUGAACAGCGUGCGGAAGAAUUCGAUUUUCAGACUCUCAAAGUUCCGGUACCUAAGGACAAGUACAUCGAGCAGUGUGUUGCCGCCGUCCAAAAGUAUAUUAUCGAAGACGACGACAUCGCUUCAUCUCUUCCUGGUAUAGAGUGUAUUACUAUGGCUGGGAAAUACCAAAGCAAUAUUGGUCGGCCACGGAAAACAUGGCUACUCACACGCCGGGCUAUAAAUUUUGCACAACUGUCUGGUCUCCAUCUUCCAAACAACCGCCCUGGACCAGAAGAUGAGCUGGGACUUCGCAAGCUCCAUAUAUGGUGUAGCCUCGCGUGCGCAGAUUUAUACCAAAGCUCAAUCCUUGGGCUACCAUAUUCUGUGCCACUUCAUCUCUUGAAGCCUCAUAUCACGCAUUUGCUAAAGGUGAAGAAGAUGGAUCCUGCCGAAGCAUAUAUGCUGCGUGUCUGCCUCCCGUUGGGGUCUAUCAUCGAUAGAAACCAAGACGGCGGCAAUAUGUCUCUUCCUCUUACUCUAAAAAUCGACCAAGAGUUAGAGGACUUGUAUAAACAGAUGGGAGACGAUUGGUGGGAUCCAUCCCAGUUAAGCCAACUAAGUCCUGCAGAAAAGAGCAGUCGACUUUGGUCACAAUUUGCCCAUCACUUCGUGCGGAUGUUGCUUCACCUACCAUUCAUGCUGAAAUCCAACACCGACAAGCGAUGCCAAUACUGCCAUAAUGCUGCUCUUGAGUCAGCGAGACAAACCAUCGAGUGUUAUAAGGGCAUCAACGACAUGCAAAAUGCCGAUCGUAUAUUUUGCAAAGUGAUCGAUUUCCAAGUUUUUACAGCUACAGUCCUCCUUAUCGUCCACCUGCUCGGCUCGCCAUUUGCCAACGACCCGCAGACUCGUGCCGACUGGAGCUAUCAGUCUGCGAGUGUCAUUGAAAAACUCUGCUCUUGUCGAGAUGCUGAUGGAGGUUUGAUAACUGGACCCAAAACCAAAAAUUGCAACCAAGCUCGACGGAUUAUACUUCCAUAUUUUGGAGCUGUCAACAUAGUUCCUGGUAAGAUGCUCAAGGAACAGCAGCAGCAGCAGCAGCAACAACAACAGCAACACAGUUUGCAGCAGCAAUAUCAGUACUCACAACAGCAGCAAAUGAGCCCACCAAACUCUAUACCUGAGAAGCAGCCUUCUACGAACUCAAGCGGAUAUACCACACCUCAGGAUACACCUUCAAUGUCACUAUUUAAUACCCAACUCCAAACUCCUAGUCAGUCAUCGUCAUCGUCAUAUCUACAAAACGGUGCCCCGUUGUCCGAGCCCAAUCUAGAUGUGAACUUAAAUCUCAAUCUCAUGGACGACACUGGAGGAUUUGGUAACCCUAAUCUCAACUUGGACCUCUUUCUUGGGCAAGGGUGGAAUUUUGACUGGAUGGAUGCGCAAAACUACCAAUCCGUUUGA